AAGAUGGGAGAUUGGAACUUCCUGGGUGGGAUCUUGGAGGAAGUGCAUAUCCACUCUACUAUGGUGGGAAAGACCUGGCUGACCAUCCUCUUCAUCUUCCGGAUGCUAGCACUUGGCGUUGCUGCAGAAGGCGUGUGGAACGACGAGCAGGCCGACUUCAUCUGCAACACAGAACAGCCAGGGUGCCGCAAUGUGUGCUACGACCGAGCCUUCCCCAUCUCGCUCAUCCGCUACUGGGUUCUCCAGGUCAUCUUCGUCUCCUCGCCCUCUCUAGUUUACAUGGGUCACGCCAUCUACCAGCUGCGAGCUCUGGAGAAGACGCGUCACACUAAAAAGGCGGCUCUGCGUCGGGAGCUGGAGGCAGUGGACGUGGCGCUGAUCGAGGUGCGGAGACGUAUCGAGAGAGAGAUGAAACAACUGGAUCUGGGGAAGCUCAACAAGGCCCCGCUAAGGGGGUCCCUGCUACAGACCUACGUGGCCCACAUCAUCACUCGGUCUGUGGUGGAGGUGGGUUUCAUGCUGUGCCAGUACCUCCUUUAUGGCCACCACCUGGACCCUCUAUUUAAGUGCAAGAGGGAGCCCUGCCCAAAUGUGGUGGACUGCUUUGUCUCCAGGCCCACGGAAAAAAACAUCUUCAUGAUGUUCAUGCAGGGCAUCGCCACCGUGUCCCUCUUCCUCAGCCUCUUGGAGAUCAUGCACCUGAGCUACAAGAAGCUCAAGAAGGGCAUCCUGGCCGACCAACCACAUCUUAAGGAUGACCUGGAUGACUGCUAUGUUAGCAAGUCCAAAAGAAACUCUGUUGUGCAACAGGUUAACAUGGGGGGCACCUCUGUGGGCCCCAAGCCUACUAUCCACACAGCACCGAGUGGGUACACAUUCCUGCUGGAGAAGCAGGGUAAUGGACCCACGUAUCCCCUCCUCAAUGCCUCCUCUGCCUUUGUUCCCAUUCAGGGGUACCCUGGAGUCAAGCCAGGUACUGACAGCCACAAUACAGACAGUAAGGAGGGAGUGUUGCCAAGUCCUACUGAGCACAACAGCAACUCAAACACCAGCAGUGAGACGACUCGGUCUCCCUCUGUGGAUGAGCCAGAGGUCCUUGUCAUGCACCCUCUACCCUAUCACAUGGAUCUUCUACCCUGCCACGUAGAUCCUCUCGCCCAUUUCCCCCACCAUGUGGGCUUCAAUUCACAGGGCUCUGAGUACCCCGGGGUAGAUGCCUCCUCAUGUCCGACCCUUUCGGUCAUUGUGAGGAAACCACGACGGGUCAGUGCCCCAUGGAACUGUUCCACAGUGGUGGAAGGGAAUGGCUCAAAUAGUGGGGACUCCUACCCUGGAACAAUAAGAAUGAAGCCACGCUGCAGCUUUGCUGCCAGCCGAGCCAGGGCCUUCUCUAAGCCGGACCUCAAGAGAAUGAGCAGACCCCAUAGCCCAGACUCAAUAGGAGAGCUGAGGUCUGCAUCCCGGCACAGCCACGAUGGCAACAGUCCUGUCUGCUCUCCCAACCGCCGAAUGUCAUUGGCAAGUAAAGCCACAAGCAGACGAGCUCCAGGCGACCUGCAGAUCUAAGAGUUAGGGUAUUAAACUCAUGUCACAAGAAACUGUUACAGUGUUAGGCUAUGCUCACAUUCCCCCAUCACUUCCAUUGAUUGUUAGCUUUUGAUGGCUAAAAUUAGUUGAGGUUUGUAAUGGCUGUUUAAAGAAUUAGUUUCUCUUGACCCACUACUUUCAGGGUGAAGAACUACCUAACAUCAAGUUGUAAAAUAGUGAACUACUCCUUGAAGCAGGACAAAACGGUAAAACUAUGUUUGAGAGAAAACGUAUAGCAACGCCAGUGUCAUGUUUACAGCAUUACUUUGUCUUAUAUACUGUACCAUAAAAAAAGGUGCAUUUUGUAGUAAUGAACAAAGAGCAAUGGAAAGCAGAAUCAGAACAUCUAUAUCCUUUAGGCAGUAAUUUGCAAUUACGUAAUCCAAAACUGAAUCAAUGUUAUUCAUUGGAUAAAGCCAGCAUUUGUUAACAAGGAAAAUAAGAGACCUGUUUAGCAACAUUCUCAUUUUAGUCUGUGGUAUUGCACUUUUUUAAAUUCCGUUCAGAAUUUGACUUUCCCCAGUUGAAAUUGGUGGCUGGAGUUCACUAGCUACCAAACUAAUCAGAGGAUAUUUUGUCAGCGACAUUACGAUCCAUUUUAGUAUCAGUCCAAUUAAUAGUGUCUUUGCUCAUGAUGUACUGGUCAAAUGUAUUCAAUACUAUCCACUAUAAUAACAAAAUACAGUUGGAGUUUAACUGUAAUUGAAAACCCACUACUACAAGGACUUUGGCUAAGGAGUAAUAAACCAGUUGCAUAUUACUCAACUAGUUUUUUUCCCCCAGGUCGGAUUACUGCAGAUGUCCUCCGUCCUCAAAUAGCAUUGAUAUUGUGGCCCAAAGCCCACUGGUCAUUUGACAAUGUAAAUUAUACAUAUUUAUGGUGCUGUGGUAGGGGAUUAAAUGAAAACUGUAUUUUUACUGAACAUUGAUUUGUUUUCACAAUUGUAUAACUUCCUUUAUAAAAUAAAGUACAAAUAUUCUUUAAUUUCUUAUUAAAUUAAUGAAUUUAAUAAUUUCCCUAAGGUGUGGGUUAAAAUAUCAAUCCAAACAGAAACAGGCAAGAACAUUGACUUUAGGUAACACAUUUUUAAACCCUGUUUUUUUGGCAUUGAAAUAAGGGGCAAGUAUCAGUUGUUGGGAAUUCCAUCUAAACUGAACAAAAAAUAUAAAACGCAGCAUGUAGUGUUGGUCCCGUGUUUCAUGAGCUAAAAUAAAAAAAAUAAAAAAUUAAAAAAUUAAAAAAAAUCACAGAAAUUUUCCAAAUGCACAAAAAGCUUAUUUCGCUCAAAUGUUUAACAUAAGUUGGUUUACAUCCCUGUUAGUGAGCAUGAUCAUUACACCAGUGCACCUUGUGCUGGGGACAAAAAUGCCACAGAUGUCUCAAGUGCAAUUGGCAUGCUGACUGCAGGAAUGUCCACCAGAGCUGUUGCCAGUGAAUUUAAUGUUAAUUUCUCUACCAUAAGCUGCCUCUGUCAUUUUAGAGAAUUUGGCAGUACGUCCAACCGGCCUCACAACCGCAGGCCACAUGUAACUACGCCAGGCCAGGACCUCUGCAUCUGGCUUAGUCACCUGCGGGAUCGUCUGAGAGGGGUGGUGAGGAGUAUGUCUGUCUGUAAUAAAGCCCUUUUGUGGGGAAAAACUCAUUCUGAUUGGAGAGCAGCCAUGUGUGGGCACACGCCCCUUCCGAGUCAAGUGAAAUCCAUAGAUUAGGGCCUAAUGAAUUUCAAUUUACGGAUUUCCUUAUAUGAACUAUAACUAAGUCAAAUCAUUACAUUUAUAUUUUUGUUCAGUAUAGAUACUGUAAAAUGUAAAUCAACAAAAAGAAAUUCCAUGAGAAAUAUUUCCUGCA